CCCCACAGCCCCCCUACAGUAGUCGUAAAAGCCGUGUGGGAUGUUACAGAGACCCAUGUUCAGAUCCUGAGCAGCGCAAAGCUAUCCCAUCCACCAGAACCUCAUCUCACAGUACUGAAGAGGGAACACAUGGUCUACUUUGGGAUUUUUCCCAGGCCAGCCUCUCUGGUAGCUUUCUAGAACAUACAUGGGAGAAUAAUCAGUAGCCUCUCUCAGGGAGAGCCAGGGGUCACCCCAAAGUGAACUCGUAGGUAUACAUGUUAAAUACACACUGCAUUAUACAUGGUAAUACAGACUGCUACACACACAUGAUUGGUGACAGGAACUGGAACUACCCCAGUAAACGGGGCCAGUGAUGGGACAGUGGAGCUUUGGCCUGCCUGUCCACUGAUCUGUCACUCCUCUGGUUAAGGAGGCCUGGAUUCAGCUGAUGGGCCCUGCAUGGAUUUUGUGUGUGAGUUGACAGAGGGCAGGCCCACACCGCUGACCAGCAGCCGGGCAGCCAUGGACCCAUAUGCCAGAGCGAGCAGCACAGCAGCCCGCCUGCCCUGCACCAGCUGUGGGGGCUGCUGCGACCCUCCUCCCCCUGGCCUCGUGCUCGCUGGUCCCCUUGGCCCCCCUUAUGGCCCCCCUCUCUCCUCCAUGCCCCCGCACAUGACCCCCGCUCCCCCGGUGUGUGCUGCUACAGCUGUCCAGGCUGAGAAUGGCAGCAGCUGGAACUCCUCCUCUGGUUCUUCAGACUCCCACCCUGGCCACCAGUGCGGCUCUACCACCUCCAACCCCUACUGGACGGCGGUGUUUGACUACGAGGCCACAGCAGACGAGGAGCUGACCCUGCGGCGCGGGGACCUCCUGGAGGUCCUCUCCAAGGACUCCAAAGUGUCCGGGGAUGAGGGCUGGUGGACGGGCAAGAUCCAAGACAAGGUGGGCAUCUUCCCAUGCAACUACGUUACUCGGAGGGACGCCGGCAGCUACCCACAGCUAACCGCAGGAGGGCUGGUGGCGGGUGGGGUGCCUGAGGGGUGCCCCCUGGAGAUUGACUUCACUGAGCUGGUGCUGGAAGAGGUGAUCGGGGCGGGGGGGUUUGGGAAGGUGUAUAGGGGGAUGUGGCAAGGGGAGGAGGUGGCAGUUAAAGCUGCCAGGCAGGACCCGGACGAGGACAUCAGCGCCACAGCUGAAAGCGUACGACAAGAGGCCAGGCUUUUCUGGAUGCUCAGACACCCCAACAUCAUCAACCUGAUAGGGGUGUGCCUGCGAGAGCCCAACCUCUGCCUGGUGAUGGAGUACGCCCGCGGGGGGGCUCUGAACAGAGCCCUAGCUGGGAAGAAGGUACCCCCCAGGGUGCUGGUGAACUGGGCCGUGCAGAUCGCCACAGGGAUGGACUACCUGCACAAUCAGACCUUUGUACCGGUUAUACACAGAGACCUCAAGUCAAGCAACAUCUUGAUCCUGGAGCCCAUUGAGAGGGAGGAUCUGGGUGGCAGGACCCUGAAGAUCACCGAUUUUGGCCUGGCACGGGAGUGGCACCAGACUACCAAGAUGAGCGCGGCGGGCACCUACGCCUGGAUGGCCCCCGAGGUCAUCAAACUCUCCCUGUUCUCCAAGAGCAGCGACGUCUGGAGUUUCGGGGUGCUGCUAUGGGAGCUGCUAACAGGAGAGGUUCCGUACCGUGAGAUAGAUGCGCUGGCCGUGGCGUACGGAGUGGCCAUGAACAAACUGACCCUGCCCGUCCCCUCCACCUGCCCCGAGCCCUUCGCACUCCUGCUGGCGGAGUGCUGGAGCCCUAACCCCCACAGUCGCCCGUCCUUCACUAGUAUCCUCACGCGGCUGCUGGCCAUCGAACAGUCGGCCAUGUUUCAGAUGCCCCUGGAGUCCUUCCACUCUCUGCAGGAGGACUGGAGGCUGGAGAUCCAGCAGAUGUUUGACGAGCUCAGGGCCAAGGAGAAGGAGUUGCGUUCCUGGGAGGAGGCGUUGGCUCGUGCGGCCGAGGAGCAGAGGGAGCAGGAGGAGCAGCUGAGGAGGAGAGAGCAGGAGCUGGCUGAGAGAGAGAUCGAUAUCGUGGAGCGUGAACUCAACAUCAUCAUCCACCAGAUGUACCAGGAGAAGCCCAGGGUCAAGAAGCGCAAGGGCCACUUCAAGAAGAGCAGACUGCUCAAGCUGGGCAGAGAUAGCAACAGCAUCAGUCUGCCCUCUGGUUUUGAGCAUAAGAUCACAGUGCAGGCGUCUCCGAGCGUGGAUAAGAGGAAGCCCCAGGGCAAUGAGAGCACCACACCUCCAGCCAGCCCAGGGGUCAUACCCCGCCUCAGGGCCAUACGACUGACUCCCAGCGAUGGCAGUAAAACGUGGGGCCGCAGUGCCGUGUGUAAGAAGGAGGACCUGGCAGCUAGCAAAAAGAAGGGACGCACCUGGGGCCCCAGCUCCACCCUCCAGAGAGAGAGACUGGGCGGAGAGGACAGGUUGAAGUCGCUGGGCGACGGAUGCAAGGUGUGGUCCUCUAGUGCCCCGAAUCUGGGCAAGUCUCCCAAACACGCCCCCAUGACCGCCGGCUUCUCUAGCCUCAAUGAAAUGGAGGAGCACUGUGAGCUGGAGGAGUCGCCCGGGUCUCUGAUGCCCCCAGAGCCCAGCAGUAACGGGUCUGUGGAGGAGGGAGGCCCCUCGUUGGGCGGGGCGGGGCCCGGGAUGGGGAGCGGGGUGGGUUACCAGGACUCUGUGCGGCGCUGCAGCCAGAGGAAGAAGAGUGACCUGCUGCUGCUGGGCUGUGCCUCCCUACUGGCCUCUGUAGGUCUGGGGCUGGACCUGCUACAGCUGGGGAGACUACAGGUCCAACAGGAUGAGCAGGACCUUAGAGAGGAGCAGCGCAAGAAAAAGGACAGCAUUUUCCAGCGAACGGGUCGCUUCCGUCGCAGCACCUCUCCCCCGAGCCGCGCCCUGUCCCUCUCGCUGUCCCGCCGCCGCGACUCUACUCUCCCCUGCAUGGACCCCUCUCCCUCCGUCACCCUCCUCUCCCUCUCCUCCCUCUCAGACUGCAACUCCACCAAAUCCCUCCUUCCCUCGGACCUUGAGGACUUGGCGUUGACCCCCGGAGUGGGCGUCUCCCUCCCCGCGGCGCCUCCCGUCCCCUCCGUUAACCCCCUCCUGGAUCUGAGGGCAGAGAGCUUCAAGAGGGAGCCCAACCAGUCCCUCACGCCCACCCACGUGUCUGCAACCAUGAACAGGGGGCACAGACGCACCCCCUCUGACGGGGCGAUACGCCCCCGCGCCCAAACCCUAGGGCACCGCAGGACCCCCUCGGACGGCAGCAUGCCCAUGCCGCCCCCGCCAGGGCCACCCACCCUCCCCCUACAUGCAGGUUACAGGGAGACCCUGGACAUCCCCCGACUCUCUGACCCCUCCAGCCUCUUCCCAAGGGUCCUCCGCCGCAAGGCCCCCGCUCCGCCUGUCCCUGUCCCGGUCCUGGAGCCCCUGACCAUCAUCAGCCCCUUGGAGAGGCCCAAGACCCUGGAGUUCGCCCCCCGGCCUCGGCCCACCCCAGCCAGGGUGCGACCGGACCCCUGGAAGCUGGGCUCCCUGUCCAGGACCCUGAGCUCAUCCCCGGGCAGCAGCUGUGACAGUCCCCUGGGCUCUGGGGACAGCAGUGCCAGCACCGGCGCAGUCAGGCCCAACCUCAUGGACAUGGACGUGGAUGGACAGGAUCUGGACGGCACCGUGCCCCUGUGUGAACAGCACCAGGCUGCACAGCUCUGUGGACAGAACUACGGCUAAGCCACACUCUGCAACAUUACUGUAUAUGGGCAACACUACUCCUAGUGCACACUUGAAAGACUCCUUAGUAUGCCCACUUUAUUCCUGGUAGCCAAUCCCUUUGCGAACAGUACUUCUCCUAGUGUCCACUCUGAAGCCCACUUGUGCGGGCUGUACCUCUCUCCUGAUGGUCACUCCUAAGCCUUGUGCCCUCCUAGUCUCAUAGUGCUCCUAGUACACACCCAAGCAUCCGGGACAGCACUUGUCUUAGUGUCCCUUCCAAAGCCGCCCAGUGUGGGACAACAUUCCUCUAAGUGACCACUCCGCAGCCUCUAGAGUCCAAACCUUUAGUGCCCUAGUGACCAGUGUGCCCUCCUAACCUUCCGUAUAUAUUACCCGUCCUCCAAAAAGGAACAUGUAAGCCAUUACGCUUCUAGGCAGACACUUCUAAGUGCUCAUCCCUAUCCAUCAUUUCCUGUAGUAAGGGACUCGUUCUGCUUCACCACUCCGUGGACUCUCUGCCUCUCUCGACACAGGUGUCAUGUCUGUCUCAGCUCUCUCCUUCCCCAAAGACUAGGGCUGAAGCUUCGCCAGCGGUCGACACUUCACACCUCUCGUCAGGGUUGGAAUCAUUGUACGCUGACUCUUGGGAGUGCCCUUGAAGUGUCCACGUUAAUAGUUGUUUUGUGUGUGUGUGGGGGGGGGGGGGGGGGGUGCCCUGAUUUGUGACGAGAGCACCUCUGGGUGCCAUGUGAACCCUGCUGCCCCUCCUUCGUAUUUACAUGUAGUCAAUGGCAGGUCGACGCUCCAAUCCUGAGCGACUUCCAAAUCAGUGCGUAAGUUGCCCUCUUAUUGAGCGUCCCCUUCUAUAGAACUAAUAUCCACCUCCCUCACCUCCACAUAGCAUCUUGCUGUAUAGGGAUGGUCUCUGUCCUGCCCCCUCUCCCCAAAGGCCGUGACAGGAACAGGGAAGCCAUUUUAAGCUCCACAGCACAAUGGACAGGACUUUGCCUCCUCAGCCCUGUGUAGGCGAAUGAGUUUGAUUCUUCUCAACGCUUGAACCAUUCCAGCCAUAACCUGUUUAGCACAGCAUUUUCUAUUGGUUUGGUCGAAUUGUGGGUCUGUAUGGGUGCACUCUGUGUGGGUGCGCACGUGCGCGCUCACGCGUGCUUGUGUUUUGUGACCGCAUGUUAUUUUAGCGUGAAGGAUGUACUGUAGAACUAGCAAAUCCGUAGUAAGAGAGCCGAAACAUGCUUUUCUCCCCCUCAUUCUUUACCUUACGUCCUCAUAGGGUUGCAAAAUGUCCGGUAACUUUUCCAACAUUCCCUGGUUUACCAGAAACCCUGGUUGAAAGAUUGCUGGAAUAAGCAGGAAAUGCGAGAAUCCUCGAACCAGGAUUUCUGUAAAACGAAGGAAUUUGGGGAAAGUUGCUGUAAAUGGGAAACGCUAUGUCAUCAUAACCUGGAGUUUCUCAGCAAAUGUCCUUUCUCUCACCGAUCAUCACUGGUUUGUAUAGAGCCCCUUAUACACUCUGCUAUAUGGAUAGUUUAGUACAACAACAGCAGGUCCUCUGAGAGCAGAGGAGGACCAUGGGAAAUGAGGGUAAAUCCACUUGCAAUAAAUGGUUAAUGAAUACUACCUGUUUUCUACAACAACAAAAAAACAAAUUCCCACAUUCCGUACUCCUGACUUCCUUUCUCUACCUACUGGAUAGUGAUACAACAUCAUUGAAGGGGAAAAAGAGCACAAUCUUUGGUUAAAGAGCCAUGAUAUGGACAUGUCAUUGACAUGUCCGUGUCACAAGAGUACAGACUGUGAAGGACUUGACACAAGGGUGCUUGGGAUGUGGACGGCGAAUCGAGAGAACUCUGGAUUCUCUCGCAGGCCCGCGAGCGCACCAGGUCUGUCUGGUUGCUGAAAGACGAUGAAGAACACCACUUUUUAAUGGCACAGUUGGUCAAGGCUACAUACAAGUAUUUACUUGGCUGUGUCUGGGAGUGUUUUGUAGGUAUGUGUAUGUAUGCGCGUGUGUGUGUGUGUGUGUGUGUGUGUGUUUAGUGUUAUUAUUUGUAUGGGAUGAUGUCAAUCCCAUAGGUAGAGGGGUGAGCCAAUCUCAUCCUUAUUCUCCUUGUGUGGUUAAGAACGCUCAGAGUAUUUAUUAAAAUUAUUGUUAUAAUUGAAAUAAUGAUUAAUUAUUGUUAUUAUGAUUCUCUUUACGGAAUAUCUGUAUAUAUAUAUAUUUGUUAAUAUAACACAGACCAACCAAGAAAAACCGAGCAAACUACAGACUGACGGGCGGAUGUCUUCGAUUUGUCUCACUCUGUGACGUUCUGGGAUACCUGACGAGAGAGGGACGUGUUGUUGACUGUUGAGGUGUGAUGAUGAAUGAUUUAAUGAAUGACAAAAUAAAAGGAAGAGAAGUG